AUGCAGGUGGUAUUCUGCAGGCUUCGGACUCACCAGUGGUGUUUCAUCCUUUUUAAUGUCAUCCUAUUUCAUGCCUUGCUUUUUGGGGCUGACUUUGUAGAAGAGUACUUUCUACAUUCUCUGCCUUACAUAGAUAUGAAAGUUACUGAAAUUAAGGAUAAGGCAAGAAAAUUGAAUGUGGAGCCCUUAAGAAGUAAUCUCUCCAAAUAUUAUAUACUGAGCCAGCCAGAGGUGUGUAAAGGGAAGAACAUUUUUUUGCUUUCUCUAAUCUUCAGUAACCCAGGAAAUGGAACAAGGCGGGACCUCAUCAGGAAAACCUGGGGUAACGUGACCAGUAUCCGAGGACACCCCAUUCUCACACUGUUUGCUUUGGGAAUGCCUGUUUUGGUAACCACCCAGCAAGAGAUAGACGAAGAGUCCCGUAAGAACAACGAUAUAAUUGAAGGAAUCUUCCUGGACAGUUCUGAAAACCAAACCUUGAAGAUCAUUGCCAUGACACAGUGGGCUGUAACUUUCUGUCCUAAUGUGCUGUUCAUUCUCAAGGUUGACGAAGAGAUGUUUGUCAAUUUACCGAGCUUAGUGGACUAUCUUCUCAAUUUGAAAAAACACCUCAAAAAUUUCUAUGUAGGAAGAGUUAUCCAUCAGGAUAGACCCAACAGAGACCCUUACAGCCAAGAAUUUGUCCCUCUUAGUGAGUACCCAGAAGGGUACUACCCAGAUUAUUGCAGUGGUGAGGCCUUUAUAAUGUCCCAGGAUGUGGCUCAGAUGAUGUAUGUGGUUUUCAAAGAAGUACCCAUUAUAGUGCCAGCUGAUGUGUUUGUAGGAAUUUGCGCUAAAUCCAUUGGGCUUAUACCCACCCACAGUUCAAGGUUUUCUGGGAAGAGGCACAUCAGAUACAACAGAUGUUGCUAUAAGUUCCUUUUCACUUCCUCAGAAACUACAGAACCCGAAAUGCUUCUGACAUGGAAGGAUAUCAAUGAUGGUAAAGAAUGUACUCUGUUUGAAACUUACUACGGGCUCAUUUCCUGCAAACUUCUGACAUACCUUGACAGCUUUAAACGUUUUCACUUAGGUACCACAGAAAACAAUGCUAUGUAUUUUGGUGAUUAGGAUUUAUUU